AUGGGCUCAACAGAAGCCGCCAGCUGGAGACCCCUAAGCGUAGGCAUAAUCGGCGGAGGCAUCGGCGGCCUCUCAUGCGCCAUCGCACUCCGGCGCGCCGGCCACACCGUCACAAUCUACGAGCGCAACGACUUCGCCGGCGAAGCAGGCGCAUCCGUCUCCUGCGCCGCCAACGGCACGCGCUGGCUCCACGAAUGGGGUGUCGAUGUAGAGAAAGGCGAUCCUGUUGUGUUGAAGAAGCUCAUCAAUCGGGACUGGACGACGGGGGAGCCGGUUAGCGUUUACGAUCUUGAUGACUAUGAGGAGCGGUGGGACCUCCCAACCAACCAAAUCACCUUCUCCAACAACACCACCGUCCACCACGACCUCAUCAUCGGCGCCGACGGCAUCGGCUCCGUCACCCGCAAGAUCAUUGGCCUGAACCCCGAGAAACGCCCCGCAGAAUCCAGCUGCCUACACGCCAACGUUCUUCGAAAAGACAUCCAAAAACUCGGUCUAGAAGACUACUCCCUCAACAGCGCACUAGAGUACUGGGGCGGCCAGGAGGGCAAGUGGGACAAGAUCGUCCUCUCACCUUGCAACGGCGGCGAACUUCUCUCAUAUUACUGCUUCUUUCCUCGCGAGAAAGGCGACUAUGCGAAUCAGACGUGGGGAGGCGCCGAUUUGCCUGUGGAGGAACUGCUUGCUCCGUACCCUGAGCUCGAUGAGAAGGUGAAAGCUCAUCUUGCUAUUGGUAUCGAGGUGAGGCCGUGGCGGCUUUGGGUUCAUCAGCCCUAUCCGUAUGUUGUCAAGGGCUGUGUCGCGUUGAUUGGCGAUGCUGCACAUCCGAUGAUGCCCCAUCAAAGUCAAGGCGCUUGCAUGGCGAUAGAAGACGCAGCUGCCCUGGGCAUUCUCUUCAGCAAGAACUACUUCCGAGGAAAUGUGCAGGAGUCGCUCGCAGUCUACGAGAAAGUCAGACUACCUCGCGCGACAAAAGUUCAGGCUUCAGCUGCCAAAGCAGCGUCCAAUAUCAACGAACGCAUUGGCUUCAGCAGCAACACAUCAAUGGCGAACUACAAGGUAGAGGACGAGGCGAAGAAGUUGACGAUCGAGGAGAUGAACGCAUACGAUAUGUACAAGGAUAUCGACCAAGCUUUUGCGGAGAUGGAUGGAGUUGCAUACACCGACAGAUACGUAAGAGGGUUGCCUUUUGGGCUGCGGUUGUCGAACGGGGUUCAAAUUGCUGGCAAUGCCAGACUGUAG